AUGGCCGAAAUCCAGGAGAACGGUGCACCUGACGCGCCUCCCUCGGAUCCCACCAACACGGCGGUGGCGGGAACUUCUGUCCGCACAGCCGUCCCUGGCGGUGUCGGUCAGGAAGCUACCUUUGCCGACGUCACUCAGGUACGUCCCUAUUUCUAGUCUCUAACAGCGAGAAGUUCAGGCUUACACGACUUACGCUCAAGAACUCCAAUCGACAUUCGACGGAUUGCGCAGAAGAGCCGUUUCGAUUCAAGAAACUGCGCCGCAGCAACUGAACGAACUGCAGAGCCAGCUGCAGCCUCAGACCAGGGAACUCAUUGAGGCCGUGACGGAGACGGUGAGUUGGGGGAGAAGAAGAUGAGUAUGGAAAUUCUGCAGCAAGCCCCGGUUGCGACAGGCGUCGGCUCCGUGGUGAGCAUUCUUUUGUGGUCUUCGGUUUCUCUGUUCGCGGCGGGAAUCGCCUCGAUCGCCGGAGCAUAUCUGCUGUCGCCUAUCCUCGGCGUCUUCUUGGGCCGUUUUGGAUCUGCCCUGCUCUCCCUCGUUGUCAUUCCUGUCGCCAGUUUCUACCUCAUCCAAGCUGUAAGAAUUAGUUUUUUAGAACAUCUAGUAGAGCAGAAAAGUUGGAAAGACAGUCGAGAUUUUUGCUAUGCGGAUUUUAGCGUUGAUCGGUUCCUAGAGAACAAAAAAACUACUCAAUUACUAGUUGACACAGCGAUAUUUUUUAAACCCUUGUCGCUGUCAUCAAAGAAAAAAUUAACGUGGAUUUUUGAUUAUUUUUCAAUUGCUUUGCUAAUCGUGUCUCAAGCUAGAAGCCGUAUGCAAGAGAGUGUUGAAUUUGUUUACUUAGAAACAAUCAAAAAUGGUGCUCGAAGUUGCACUUGUUGCACUUCAGAGAUCAAACUAUGUCAUUUUCUUGCAUAUACGGCAUUGAUGAGAUAAGAAAAUGAAACAAUCUCUUGCAGAAACAACAAGCGGGCGAGACAGACACGGACAUUCGGUCCCAGCUGCUGUCGAUCGCGACUGUUCAGGGACUGCUUCUAGGUCACGCCGUCGCCUACACUCACAUCUCCGGACAGCCGCUGGCGUUCUUGUCGCCCCUUGUGAUCGCCUUUGCCUACUCGUUGGUGUCGCGACAAGUCGGCGGCUCGCGAAUUCCCUUGCUCGGCGCGACUCUCGGAGCCAGCUUCGCGGCUCUUCUGCUGCUCGGCGCCGUGAGCGGCCUGCUCACGCCGGCCUAUUUUGUGCUCGCCACGCUGUACACGGCUUCUGCCGGGGCUGUCCUGCAGGUCGCCUUCAGGAACAUCCAGACCAACACUGUUCAGGUUUUUUCGCGCUUAUGAUGGUUCUUUGACUCGCUGUUCAGGUGCAUCUGUACCAGCUGGCUCUCGUGUCGUCUUUCCUCUUCUCGAAAGGACUUGUUUUUGCGCUCUUCGGAACCUCUGCUCGUUAG